CGCGUUCUUCUGAUGAAUUGUCUCAUUACGGUGAGAGUGAAGAUUCGCCGAUAUAAGAUCAUCUUGCAUGGUCCGCCAUUGACAUCAAACAUUCGUUGUGUUUGUCGAGUCGAGAUCCUAACAAAGCCAACGCCAUGAAAGCUUCCAGCCUAGCCGUGCCGCCGAAGCGGAAAACAUCGACUGACUCCGAAGCUGACGAAAUGACAAGCUCUGGGCAGUCAGCAAAGCCGCGUAAGCGCGUGCCCGCCGAGAUCUGGGAGACGAAGCGACCGAUCAUUACCCGCCUGUACCAAGAAGAGAAGAAGUCGUUGAAGGAGGUCAUGGAGAUUAUGCAGCGCGACUACCAUUUUGCCGCCACCGUCAAAAUGUACAAGUCGAGAAUAUGGAAAUGGGGCCUCGACAAGAAACUCAAGGGUGAUGAGGUUCUGGCAAUCAUGCUUCUCAAGCGGGACAGAGACCUCCUGAAAAGACCGACUGAGUUCAGAAUUCGCGGGCAGCCAGUAGAUUUGGACAACAUUAACCGGUAUCUGAAACGGAACCCUUCGUUGAUGGCCAAAUUCAGGGCAGGGCAGACGCCCAGCGUGCAAACGGCACUCGAGGUGACUUGCAGAACACCUUCGCCGCCUCCGAGCCCAGCGAUAGCCUUGGCACCAACGAUGGAGAUGCAGAGUACCGAGCAGGUUCUCUGCUUGUUCCGAGAUUACAUCGAUGGUUCCUUUUCGUCUGGAGCCUGGUGGUGCGAUUUCGACGUCGACUGCUCCAAUACCCGUUUCAACCCCGGAGACCGCAGUAAUGACUUAUUCGAGAGAGUCAUAGCCAGCUUUGCUUUGGUUAAUCGAUGCAUGAUACGAGGAGACCAGAUCAACAUCAAUAGUGUCCUUGGUCCGGCCUUCGAGUCCCUGAAAGAAAUUGUAGCUGCCGAAAGUCCAGACUUUGUUGCUCGUACGGUCUGCCUGCUUUGGUAUCUGGAGCGUCACCACAAACAUGAUCUUCUUCGACUGGUUCUCGAUUAUUUGGCCGGGCUCAUUCCGAUUGUGCUUGGGCCUCAUCAUAUUCUCGCCCAUAUCUGGCGUAGACUGGGCGCGACCGAGUUUUCCGACUACUAUGAACUCUCGAUGCGGUUGUAUGCGCUGCUGCUGCCAGACAUCGAGCAGCGGGUGGGCUCGGCCAACUACUUGACGCAUCUGCUGUACAGCGACUAUCUCGAUUGCAUUUUUGCUCGACAAGAUCCGGAGGAUUGCGAGGCAAUGCUCAGCCGGCACCGGGCUCGAGCUGAGGCCUCGGGGCAAGAUCACUCUUGGCUUGGCGAUAUGGCUCUGUCGCAUGCUGGCCUCCUCGCAGCUUGCAAGGAAAAGCAGGGCCGACUAGACGAGGCCGUUGAGGUGCUGACGGCUCAUAUGAAUGCAUACAGUAUGACAGACGAGCAGGAAGCCGCUGUUAACCUCGAGCUGGGGGUGAAGUACUAUCGGAUGGGCAGCACCUCGGCGGCGAUUACGUCUUUCAAGUCGGCAGCUCGUAUCGCCCUAACGUCGGAUGCAGACGAACGGAUUUCCAUGACAGCGUUGGCCAACUUGGAGAAGCUACUCCAAGAGACAGACAACAUAGCCAAGGCAGAUCGAGUACACCGAUAUCGUAUGGAUCGACUCGCAGCUUUCGCAGAGAAGUCAGCAUCGAUAUCGAAAGGCUUCACUGACGAGUACGACGACGACAGCGAUGGGACGAACGACCUCGAAGACCUGCCAGAAUGGCUGUGGAAGUGCGACGACGGCGAAGGGGCAACACCAAGCUGGCUCGAGCUGCCCACUUUUGGUUGGGUAGACAAGACAUCCCCUUCAUCGUUUGUCGGUAUUCCUGCGAGCGCACUGGAAUGGACAAACACGUCCCAGUCAGGAUCUCCUGCAGUCCUGUCGACAGAGUACUCACCACAUGCAGUGGAUCAUCUGAUCGAUCCCGAGGUCGAAUAUCUGUACAGACAUGACAACGGCAUUCGGCAGACUUGACGACCUUGUUUUGUUGCACAAACCAAACACGAUGGCCAUCGGCCAAGCAGACAUCUGCUAGGAUCAACGACAGGUGUUACGCCACUCAAGGAAGCUGGUAAUCGCUGUAGCCUUUUGCGAGCAUACGCUACCUGUAUGCCGCCACUGAAUGAUUGGCGUUUUGCUCAAGUUUAUCGAAACGUGGCUCUGCGGUAGCUGGUGACAUGAACUGGCGCCGUCAAGUCUCUCCUCAGGGCGGCUCUGGAUCCCGAAUAAAGCUGAAUCUGAAGUAUGUGGCAGAUGAGCGGAAUCGACUGGCCAGGCGAGGUUUCUCUGGACAAUGAAGCAAGCCUUCGUAGGUCGAGAUUACGGAAUGCUGGGUAAAGAGAGACGUAACGCAUCAAUACCUUCUGGAGAACAUUAGCACGUCAUUGUCGCUACCAAGAUGGGGCUCUGUCACCGUCCUCGAUGAAGAUGAGAAGCGACAGAGGUCAAUGAGGAGAGGGAAUACAUGAAAUGGAAGAGAGAAAGAACCGACCAGCUUGCAUAAUAAGGUACCUUACUUUAGGUACUUUGAGUAAGGUACUUGAUGCUUGGACCAUGAGGUUCGAUGGAAGGGAUCCGGCGGGAAGGAAGUUCAACAGAUCAACGGGGAAAGAGUCGGCCACUCUCCACUUUCACCGGCACGAGAAGGAGGCACCUCAAGCUGGGGAAGGAGACGGGAAGGGGACGGAAACGAGGCGAGGUAAUUUAUUUGGACAGGCCUUGAUCACAAGCAGAAGAGGCGUGACAAGAUUCAGGAUGUUGUUAAGAACUCGACGUGUUGUGGCGGAGAGAAACGAAGUCGGAAGAUACCAAUUAGAGGAGCAAGACGCGUUUACACCCAG